AUGCAGGUGACCAUGCAGAAUGCAGUUCAGGUGUGGUUUGGUGAUGACCUUCCCUUAAGUCCCCGAAGUCCUCUGACUCCUAGACAUGGGCCAGGUUUGGCAGAUGUGUGCCUCUAUGACCAAUGGAUAUCUGUGCGGCAUGAAGCAACUUUGGUGCCUAUGCAAGAAGAUCUGUCAAUCUGGCUGUCUGGCUUGCUGGGAAUAGAAGUCAAAGCAGAACAACUGCUAGAAGAACUUGAUAAUGGAGUGCUACUCUGUCAAUUGGUUGGUGUUCUUCAAAAUACAAUUAAAAAAUGUUGUAGCUCAAAUAAUUUAAGGAAUUUUCCUAUGAGAAAAGUUCCAUGUAAGAAGGAUGCACCAUCAGGAUCUUUUUUUGCCAGAGAUAAUACAGCCAACUUUCUUAACUGGUGUAGGGCCAUUGGAGUUGAUGAGACUUAUCUCUUUGAAUCUGAAGGUUUAGUUUUGCAUAAAGAUCCAAGGCAAGUGUAUCUUUGUCUUUUGGAAAUUGGGCGCAUUGUAUCCAGGUAUGGAGUUGAACCUCCUGUACUUGUAAAACUAGAGAAGGAAAUUGAGUUAGAAGAAACGCUGCUGCUGACCUCUGGACCACCAUCACCUAUUAGCACACCAAAGUCAUGUUCUCACCAUGGGGAGCUACAUGAGGCAGUUAAACAUAUAGCAGAAGAUCCUCCCUGCAGUUGUUCCCAUCGAUUUUCAAUUGAAUACUUAUCAGAGGGACGUUAUAGACUGGGAGAUAAAAUACUCUUCAUACGAAUGCUACACGGCAAGCAUGUGAUGGUGCGUGUUGGUGGAGGCUGGGACACUCUUCAAGGUUUUCUGCUUAAAUAUGAUCCGUGCCGAGUGCUUCAAUUUGCAACGCUGGAGCAAAAAAUCCUGGCGUUUCAGAAAGGGGUCACCAGUGACAGUGUCCCAAACUCCUCAGCUAGAAUUCAAGAGCCUCCUCUUAUGAAUCCAAUGUCAGCUGUCAAUAUAUUUCAAAAGCAGGCAUCAAAACCUCCUACUCCUGUUUCAGCUCUCAGGGCCAGUGCUAAGAAGGCUUUAUCUAAACGUCCUCAGUCUCCUGCCCUGGCAUCACCAAAAGUGCCAGCAACUCCAUCCUCCACAGCCAAGUCAUUGACAGUCAGGUCCAAAUUACAAGGGUCUUCAGCGACAGGUGUGCAGUCUCCUUUUAAACCAUCAGCUGGCACCUCAAAGAAACUGGAGUCUCCUGCACACAACUCGCCAGCCUCUGCUCUUUCACAGCCUGUAAACAAAAGCUCUUCAUCUGCAGGAACAAGAAUGGCUCUCGUUCACUCUGAAACCUUGCGCAAACGUAUUCGGUCCCCGGAUUCUCCCAAGGUGAAAUUUACCCUGCCUCAGGGCAGCCCAGCACUAGCGCUGCAUCCUGCCCUCUCGUCCUCUGGAAGGCAGCCAUCUCGCUUGCCUGGGACAGCUGAAACUAUGCAUUCAAAACAGAAGCAUGUCCCAGCUAAAUGCAAACCUGCAUCUGUCACUAAAACCAAAGGGAGUUCAGUUGCUCGGAGGGCUGCUCAGCUGCCUGUUACAAAUCUGCGUGCUGGUGCCAAGAUUGCACAUUCUCAGCAGCUCCUUGCAAAACCACCUGAAAAUGCUGCUCAGACCUCAGGAACUGGGUCUUGGCAUCCUCAGAAAGCUCCACAAACAGCCUCUGACCUGGUAAGGAAUCUGAAAAAUGUUUCAGUCCUGAAACACUCAGCUUCUUCACCUUCCCUUGCGGUUGGCCAAGCAUCAAAGUCACAACCUACACUAGUAUCUACAAGCAAAAAUGUAUCCUCAGCUGUCAAUAAGCAGCCAAAUGUCAAUAAGCAGCCAAAUGUCAGUAAGCCCCCUCGAGUUGGACCCAGUUCGUCCAAACCUCUGGAGCGCACUCCCUUAUCUGUUGUACGGCUUCCUCAAACUUCAGCCAAAGUGACAGUGACCAAAAAGCCAGCACAGCCUUCCACAAAAGGUCAGCCUUCAACCAAAACCUUGCAAGCAAAUGAAAGCCUGGCCCCAGCAGCCAAGAAGCCUCUCUCUAAGGGAAAAUCAGCAACAGCAUGUAACAAAGGAAUGCCUGGUGCAUCAGAUGGUCCUCUUCUGAAGAGCAGGCAAGAUGAUCACUACUUUGUUAUGACAGGGAGUAAAAAACCCAGAAAGUAA